CUUGUUUUCCCUAGUAUUGUUCUCAUUAGUUCUGCUGAGAAAUCAAUAUUGUGAGAAUGAAAAAGGCUGCAGCAAUACUGUUAAUUGUUAUGAUUCAGGUGGCGACCACCAUGCCACUAAUAAUGGCGUGGACUCCUCCUCCUCCUCCUACUUCUGCAGCGAAAUGCCCACUUGACGCUUUGAAGCUGGGAGCAUGUGUUGAUGUGCUUAGUGGCCUUGUGCAUGUGGGCGUUGGAGAUCCCGUAGUAAACCAAUGCUGCCCAGUUAUUGAAGGAGUUUUGGCAUUAGAGGCAGCACUGUGUUUAUGCACAACCAUUAGGGCCAAGCUUCUCAACCUUAAUAUCCUUCUUCCAAUAGCACUAGAGCUUAUUGUAGCCUGUGGAGGGACCGUUCCCCCAGGCUUCAAAUGCCCUGCUCAGUAGCCUACUUAUAAUUGCUUGAAGUAUUGUACAACUUAGUUUGGUCGUUGGUUUUAUUACUACCUAUUUUAUGUCUUUAGUUGUGGAUUUCUGUGCGUGUUAGCCGAAUAAAUUUGUUUGGAGGAUGACGCUUUACAUCAGAAUGUUGACCUCGUGUGCUGGAGGUUUGUCAAGCCAUGUAACUUCCAACAUAUUGAAUGUUGAAAUGUGUUUGAUUGUACUUAUUUUUAUUAUUGGAUGAGAUUCUGAAAUAAUAACUAUUUGCCUAGCCUUGUAUAAAUAAACCACCAUUGUUGUA